CUCGGCGGGACCGCCGGUACUCAGGGACUGCUAAGGGGGGCGGCGGUGGGUGCCCCCAGCCUGCUGCCGGCGGGAAUGACCCUCCAGGAGGGGUGUGCGGCAGGCGCAUGGGGUCGUCCCGGCUCUUCGUGAGGGUUUUGCUAGGCCCCGGGAGCCUGCGGCCCACUAGGCCCCGGGCGGCCUCUCAGUGCUCUGAGGCAAAAUGUCCCUCUCGCCGCUGUGUCUCCUGCGUGUCGGCCUCUUGUACUGAGUAGCAAGUCAUGGUCCCAGGCAGGGUGUUUGGUGUGAGUGGCCUGGCCAGGCUGCGUUCCUGCCCACUGGGGCAGGAAGAAGGGGAGAGCGGCUCCCUUUCGCCUUUCCUGCCCCGCAGUGAACAGGCACCGCUUCCUUCCUCCACCCACCUCCAGGCGAGAACAGGCCUUUGCCUCCUGGCUGUUGUCCACCCCAUGGCGAGGAUCCCCUGUUCCCUUACUCUCUCCUCUCUUAAAUCUCUGGGCUUCUUAACAGGCUCAACUUUGAGCAUAGAUAGCCCUGAGCUUAGAAGGGCUGGCAGGAGAAGAAGGGUGCCCACGCAGUGCUGGGGGAUGUCCCUGUGUUAGUCCUAUGGGGCAGACAGGCAUGAUGGUCAAGCUUGCAGAGGCUCAAUCAGGAGUAAUUCCCCAAAUCUUUGCUUUCAUGACAAAAGUUUUCCUGUGCUUUUGGAACAUGGCUGCAGUCCAGCAUCCCAGGCAAAGGCAGUGCUGGUUCACUGAGGGAACAGCCACAAAACCCAUUUGCAGAGGUGCUUCCUCAGCAUGUGAACUGGAUACCUGGAUUUUGCAAUCGCAGCAGGUUUGCUCACGAGUGCAGGGUGGGAAGGCUGUGGCACAUGUAAAACCAGUUUCUGCAGUUUGUGGGGUGAGAGUUGACUCCUGCUUUGGCCAGCCCCAUGCCUGGGAAACCCCAGCUUGCCAGGUGUGGUGCAACAGGCAGCAGCUUUCGGGUCUGUGUUUGCUGGCCCUUCCUUGCUGCACCUUCAAUGGCUUGUUUCCCACAUCAGCGGGUUUUGGGGAGGGCAGUCUCUGUGGUGAGCACAGGGGGUUCCCUCCUGGAAAAAAUGGUGCCAAGGGGUCACUGGGCCAGUUUGUCCCAGUCCCCCCAAAGACCUUGUACCCCCCAGAAUCCUCCUGUGACUUCCACCUAUGCUUCACGCCCUUCAGAGCUCCUGCCUUCCCCAUUGCUGCCGUUCACCACACUGUGUCACAGCCCUCACCUCCUCUAGCAGCUUUGGGCUUCUUGUUGGGAUAGAGAAAGAAGUCCGGUGUGUUUCCAGGCAGGAGAAGGAGAGCUUGGUUUGGGCUGGAGCUGCUCGGCAGUUCUGGUUUCUUCCUGCCAAGACUGUCACAGCAGAGGCCUGGUAUUCACCGAGUACCCACGCUGGCUCUCCUUUGGGUGCUGCUGCACUCUGCAAGGACAGCGUUUCCCAAUGUGCUGUGCCUUAACAAUUAGUGUAUCACAAACAAGCUUGGAGCAUGAUACAUGACACUAUAACGUGCCUCUUCAAAUGCAUACCCACAGUGGGGACAUCGCUCUGAAGCCGCUUGCUGAAUGUCGUAGCCUUGUUGCUCAGUGUUUGGAGCCUCCAAGGGAUUUGUCUGUAGUAGUUAGGGUGUUUGAAAACGUGGUAUAUUCUGAGCAGUGAAGAUUAUCUGGGUUAGGUUUGUUCGAACACACAUGACAGUUAGACUUGUUCUCGCCAAGCAUCCCUUGAAACCUUCACUGCACUGGGAAUGAAAAGGGAAAAGCUCCUGUAGCCUCUUGUGAGUUACUGGCUAGGAAUUUCAGAAACCUUGUAAUAAAUUACGUCAACACUUUAUUCACUUAAUUGAAAAUGUUUCUUUUACACAUUUGCAAAAAAGUUUAAAGCUUCACAGAGCUGUUGAGGGCUGAAAAUAAGGAGGUGCUAGCAAAAUGUAGGGAAGUUGCAGACCUUCCAGGAAUAAAAAGGACAGCCUUUUCUUUGAUGCUGAAAAUUCAUUUAUGCCAUGUAGUAAACAAUUUAGAUUUUUCACGUGAAAGCCACUCCAACUGCGCUGCUAUGUAUUUUUCAGAAUGGGGGCGUUUUUGCUGUUUCUUGUGGUGAGCUCUGAGUUUUCCAUUUGGAAGCAGCAAGGAGUGUUUCGGUAGCUUUUUGGUGUGCUCGUCUAACCAAUUUCUCCCUAGGAGAAGAGUGCUCAGUGCAUGUCACACAGCUGCAGAACUGGUCAGGAAAGAUCUGAUUAAACACUUCUGCAUGAAAAAGUGCCAGCUCGUCAAAAUCCCAGUUGUCUGCAGGCAAGAACUGGGCUUCACUGAAACUUUUUUUGGGAAAGUUUUUGUGGCAUGUGUGUACACGCACAGGGGUGUGUGUGUGAUCCCAUACUAGCCUGGUGCAAAGAAUAUGCAUUUGAUGGGGAAGGGAUGGCUUUUCCUCUCGGGGGAAAAGCUGGAUUGGUUUGAACUUCAAUUUGUAGGAGCAUAGGGGAUUUUUUUUUUCCCCACAGACAAGGCUUUAAAGUUAAAGGAAGAAACGAUAAAGCAAAUGGUUUUCAGAUGCUUUGGGGUUUUUCUUUCUCAUUUGCAUUUUUAGUGAAAGUUGUUGAAGCUUUUCUAUGGUGGUUGUGAGAGAAGAAUUAAGGCAGUAACAAUUUGAUACAAAACACUAGGCUGUAGCUAAAUAUGCAGUGUUGUGGUGGGCAGCGAGGGCUUACAUCAAAUCUCAAAGGUUUCCAUCAAAUCCUACCCACUUGUGGCCCCUCUGUGUUUGUAACUGGGUUUCCUCACCCUCGUUUUUACAAAUCUGUGGUGACUUCCCUGUGAAGCACAAAGGGAACAGACAACAUGAGGCCUCAACUAUGUGAUGGAGUGGUCCCCUGAAUUUAGUGACACUGAGGUGUUAAAAUAAGAAGGUGCCAAGAGGCGACUGGUCCUUGCCCAGAAGACUUGGAUGCUCCUGGUCGCACGUGAUGGAGCCAACAGAGCGGGUUUCCUUGGGCUUGCAGUUGUCUGGGAAGGAGUGAAACGUGACUGAAAUUCUUCCUGUUGUCGUGGCUUAUCCUCCUGUUGCUGUCUCUUGUGUGCUCUCAUUGUCUAAUGAGAGCUGGUUUCAUGCUGUAGCCGUACCCUUGGGUGAGUUUGUAACAGUGCAAGGCUUGUGUGCAGUAGAGACAGCAAUCCCAGACUGGGCAACCGGACAAAAAUGGUAAAAAUGCAAUCAAGUAUGGAAUAAAUUAGCAAAUGCUAGGUGAUAAUUCAUGGAAGGAUGCAAGAUGACUAUUCAGAAUAAGGGUUGUUUUGGAGAAAGUUAAUUUUCCUUUUUGUAGUGCAUGAAUAAUUGUUUACUUAAUGAAGAUGAAAAUGGGAAAUGAAAUUGGGCAAAGGUGACAUUACUUUCUGCAGGGUGAACCUCUGGGACUGCCUGCCACAAGAUGCCAGGGAUGCUCAGAGCUUACCUGGACCCCCAAAGAGGUUAAAUUAUGUGAGCAGUGAGGUGCUGGACUUCCAGAGUCCUCUUUACUUUUUUAAGUGGGUGAAAUUAGAAGGGGCUUUUCCUCAGCAGCCCUUCCCCACAACCUUCCUCGUUAUCCCUGUGUCCAUGGACGACCUUUCCAGGGCUCUGGGCUGCAACACGUAGUCAGCUCCGCAAACCAGGUGAAGGAUGGCCCGAGGAAGGUUCCUAGAAGAGGGAAGUGGCACAGAUCAGAAGGAGUAGGAGCAGUUAACACCUGCUGAGAGGCACAGGUGUUUUCUUUUGCAGUUUUCCUUGCUGGUGGGAGGAGGGAUUCGGGACAGGGAAGAUCUACUCUACCCUUGCUGUUCUCAUCAGUGGUUGCUUCUCUGAGAACUUGGAAGGUUCCCUCCUGGCAUGCCUUUGGACUUUUGAUAAGCGCUACGUGUGGUGUGCUGUGCUGGCAAGUGACAAGACCAUGGUCUCCCCUUUCGUUAGCAGGGAGCUGAGCAGGCAGGCUCCCCACGGAUAACAGCCCUGUGAAUCAGGAGCAUCAUUGUACCACCUCCCCAUCAUGCUUAAGUGGGAAGCAGUUGCACAGAGGAUGCAUCCUGCGCUCUGGGAUGUGCAGAGGGCUGCAGUCAUCAUGCCUGCCAGCUAAAAGGAAGGUGACAUUGAGAUACAGGGAGAGAAAAAAAAAAAAUAGGCUGAGGGUCCUUUGGGCAGGCGAUCUGCCCCGUGGUUUGCUGAACUGUGAUUUCGCCUGGCUCCGUGCGGAGUUCACAUGAUUAAUUUGAGAUGUUUAACCCUGUGCUGGGCCGCAGGUGAAGGCCACUGAGGCUGUCUUCUUCUGUAGCAAAGAGUUUGCUGGGGAGCAAAUCACUGGGCUCUGCUGGGCUGCAUCCCAGGGCUGUCCUGCUGCUUUUCUCCCUGGACACAAGGCAGCCCGCAUCUUUGAAAAUGGCACAGGACCUGCUGUAGGCAUAUCAGACAGAGAAAAAAAGUACAGGAAGGUGGACUACAAUAGAAGGGUUGUCUGAUGGGAAACCUCAGACAAAUAAAUGCUCUUUUUUUCCCCAGGAAACCCAAACCAGUUCCAUAAAACACUGAAAGAUAUGGGGCCACAUUUUUCCAAGGGAAAUGGCUGCCUGAAGAAGCUGAUAGCUGGGAGUGGGAUUUUUUUUCCCCCUUUUGUGUAUGGAGAGACUGUUGGAGGAGUAGCAGGAUUUCUGCCAGGCAAGGGUUCAGGGCCACGGGUCUCCAGGACAGAGGAGGAAAAUCCCAAGCUGGUGGCUCAGAGUAAGAGAAAGGAAAUUUAAAAUGAUUUGUGCAGGAGCAAAAGGGGGAAUCCCAGGUCACUGGUGGAAAAGAGAAAAAAAAAAAAGAGACAUGUAGGAGAGAGUCCUGACUGCCUGGGGUAUCUGCACUAUCAUCUCUGCCGACAAGAAUGGGGUUUUUAACCCUGGAAAACCCCUGUGCUUUCGAGUAGGUGGCUGUACUGGAGGCUCACACGCUGUUGUGGUUUGCAGGGCGGGUGUUUAGGAGCUCUCAGAAGCUGAGGGAGCUGCUUCCUCUCCUUUGGGUUUAGGUUUGUAUUGAUUUGUUUGUAUUUGUUUCACUUGCAAGUUGUGUUUGUUUUUCAUUCGGCAGGGAUUAGUGGUUAGUGCUCUCGGCUGUCUUUUGGGAUGUUUUCCAGCUCUUCUGACCUUAUCUCCAAGCACAGAUAAACCAGAGCAGUUGGGAACUCUGGGGAAUUAGUUACUGAUAUCCGAUUGCAGCAGGUCCAGACUGCAUCCCUGUGAAUCAUCGAUUUUUCUGAAGGAAAAAAAAAAAACAACCCCAAACAAACCGCCUCCUGCUCCUGAGCCCUGCAGGGGUCCCUCACAAUUCAGAUGCUUGUUAUUCCCAUCUAGAAAUGAACUUGGGCUGCAGAUGGAUCCAUGUUCACGUUUGGAAAUGUUCCUCCGUGUCCUGUUUAGCUUCCAUCAGCAACUCCCCAGGGGAUGCACCUGGAUCUCUCUGGGGCUUUGGCUGUCCCCAAGCUCCGUUUUUGCUUCAGGCAGCUGGUGGCACAAAGGCUUUUGCCCCAGCCCCACUGGUGGUGAGGGAGGUGAGGCUGUUUUCAUAGAAUCAUAGAAUAGUUUGGGUUGGAGGGGAACUUUAAAGGCCAUCUAGUCCAACCCUUCAUCAUUUUUUUUGUUCACAUCUUCUUCCUGGGCAGGGUCUAACUCAUGAAUCCUGGUCCGAAUUGAAGAGUAAGGGGACAGUGUGCUGCAGUGGUGCUGGGACAGCCAAAAAAAGCGAUGGACGGCUUCAGCCUGUGCUUGAGUGGACCUUAAUUUCACCAUCUGUCCUACCCAGAGGGUUUUCCAUCUCUUUGCUGCAGCUGGCUUCCCCCUGGGGCCUGGGACACACAUUUGGUGACAGUGAGGGGCUGGCGGGGGGGUGGGGAUGUGGACAGGCGCCACUGUCGAAACAGGAUCUUGCUAACCACAUCCUCAGCACCGUGGGCUGCGGCUGGGGGGGACGGGAGGACCCCAGACGGGGUUUUGCUGCCGUAGGUAGCAAAGAUGCAACAGCACGAAUCCCCGAUGAGCUCUCCGGCGCCGACCUCCUCUGCUUGCCGUUGAAGGCGGAUUUCAACGCCUCCAAAAAACCCGGUGGUGUGCGCAGCCCUUUGCAAUUAUGAUUUUGUACCACAAGCUGUUUCCUGCCCCGAGCUGCUUUUAUCUCGCAUUGUUUUCCUUUCCAGGUGGGGCCGUGGGCUCCCCGCUGCUCGGCCUCCGGGGCUGCCUCCUCUGCCGGCUUGCCGGCCACGCUGCCGGCUGCAGCUUGCUGGCGGAGAGGCCACCUUUGUCUGCCAGCCCGUCCUCCCUCCUCCUCCUCCUGCCAGAGCUAUUUCGGGAAACGGCAGCUGAGCCGGAGGAUUGUUAAUUGUUCGUCAAACCCCUUCCAACCCGGUUAGAUCACAUGCAGAGAUUAGAGCACCCUGUCACACCCUUUCCUCCACCUCCCAUAUCCCCCUGUGACCCCCUAGAGAUGGGGGGCAAUGUUCUUUCUUUGGGCAGACAGACAGACAGAUGGACAUGAGGCGUGUCCGAGUGUCUGGGAUGCCGGCCCCGCUGAGGAGCUGUGUGUAUCCCUGAGAUGCCGAGCUGUGGGUAUCCUGGAGAUGCUCUGCUCAGAGGGGAUCCCCAGCAGGGUCAUCCACCAGCAGGGGUGGGCUCUGGGUGCAGGCAGGAGCCCAGGGCAGGCAGGCAGGCAGACAAAGCCACCCAGGCUCUGACCUCAGAAGCUGCCAUGUGACUAUGUGACUUUGCCUCCAACUUACUAAAGCAUGACAUCAGCCUGGGAGGGAGAGGCAGGGCUGCCACCAAAAUACUGCCUGGCUUAAAUGGGCUGCCUGUGUGCUGCUAGAUGUGCUCUGCUUGCGCUGCUGUCGGUCUCUUCCUGCCUUCAUUUUGCACAGGUGCCCCCCACCCCAGGAGAGCAACCCCCUCCCAUCUCUUUGCAAAGGGCAUGACGUGCAGGCAGGGCAGUGUCAGGGCAGGGCUUUGGUGCCCUGGGAUUAACAUGCACCCACGGUUGUGCCUGACACCAGGUGCAGUGUUGGUGGGUGACACUGGUGCUACUGGGCAGUAGCUCUGAUGGCGUGCACCUCUGCUCCUUGCUGUUGGCUCCCCAAAGUCCCCUCUCUGAGCGCUAAUAAGGAUGAGAGACUGCUCUGUACCUGUCGCCAUCAUCCUUAUCCUUGGCCAGGGCAGGGGAGAGGCUGCUGAUCCACCUGCUCCUAGACAGGGUGGGUAGCCAAAACCUGGUGACCAGAGAGAAAUGGUGCUGCACACCAUGGGGGUGAGGCGGUGAGCAGCAGAACAGGUCGGUCUGCUUGUAUCCAGGCAUCUUUCCUCAGCAGAGCUCUUGCGCCGUGUCUCCUCCGCCUGUGUUCCCCUUUUUCAGCCGGUAGGGUGGCUUUGCACCACUGCUCUUCAUCCAAGUUGGGAGUGUACCCAGCUGAGAUUUAUCAAACCUGGCUUUAUCCUUCUAACCAGGGUCAUCUCUGCUGAGGAUGAAGGUGCUUGGGUCCUGCAAACCAGUCCCAGAGCAACCCGCCUGGUGACGGACAAGCCGUUUUGCGGGGGCACAACCGAAAGCCGUGCCAUGGAGGGGACACCAGUGACGGGCAGACGUGCCGGCUGCGGGCGAGGAGGCAUGACUGCAGUCCCAAACAUCCCAGCCCAGACCUGCCCCAGCUGGUUAGACUGACCUGAGGGCUUAGGCCAGGGUGUUACCUGCUCUCCGAGGCACAAGGAGCAGGUUUGGCGGGUCUGGAAACCCUUGGUUCCCACCACUGGGGCUCGCGUCCCUCCGGCCUCCCACGCCGGGCGUGGGGGUGACAGCCCCGUGCUCUGCAGCCGGGAGAGGCUCAGCCAGGUGUGGGCAAAGGUAAAGCUGGGACCGGCUGCUUUGGCUGGUGUUUUGACCAUGAGGUUGAGCGUGCUCCAGUCUCAUUGUUUGAGAUGGAGCGUGACAGGUUUGUGCAAGAGGAGGUGGACAUUUUGAGAUGUCAUGCACCAGCUUGACAUGCUGUUGUGUUCAAUAUCCAGAAAGUGGCAUUUGAGUUUUUCCAGUUAUGCUCAAGCAGGAGAAAAACAUGUGUUUGGUCCGAGUGUGGGGGUUUUGGGAGGAAAGCUCCUGCUGUGUCAACUAGAUGUGGCUGAAUCUUCACCUGUUUUUUGUUACUGCUGGGAACAGCCACCCCCUUGUUCUUCCGGUGAGCCAGGACAUGGUGGCAGAUCAUGCCAAUAAAGCAUCACAGCAGGCCAUGGCUCUCCUUUUGGGGGGGUCUGCAGAUGAAUCCCUUGGAAAAUAAAAGAGAUAGAAGCAAGUUGCUGUGUGUCAGCUGGAAUGGAAACCGAUACUCCAGGGCAGCACAUUGAACUUCCUUAAUUUUGGGUCCUUUCACUUCUUGCCUUUUUGCAGGCAGUGAUUGCUCCUGGGUGGGAGAAGGAGAGUCCCUGCUCCAAGCCCCAAAACAUCCCCCAGCUUGCCCAGUGCAAGAGCUGUGUGGAGCUUUCUCAGAGGCUUCUCCGGUGCCCGGAGCUGUGUCUGUGGGCGGUGGGUUGUCCCCUGUGGUCCUCAGCCACCAGGCUGGCCCCGCCACCAGUUUUCACAGCUCCAGCAGAGCAAGGUUUCAGUUCCCAAACAAAGUCCUCCAGGCUGCCGUGGUCCUCAUCACCCCUGGAGAUGCUGGUGGCCUGUUGUCCUCCCCCAUCCACCCUUAUAGCCCUUCCCAUCCCCUUUGCAGAUGUUCCUCAUUUACCCUGGGCUUUCGGGAGCCUUCACCACCAGAGCCCUGGAGCGGAUCUCAGCCUGGCAGCUAGGCAGGGAUGGCUUUCUGCUCAACGUCACGGCAGAUUUUCCUUGAAGUACUCAAAGGUACACUACCCUGUGCAGCCAACACCAACACCAGUUGCCUCUCUAACACGACAUGUCAGAGGCGGGUGCUGAAAUUGGGGGAAACGUUUUUAAAAUGCAGAAAACAAGGGUUACUUUUCAUUUGUGGUGGUGGUGUUUUGUAUGUUUUUUUUUUCCCCUCAGAAAUGUUUUAGUUGUUUUGGCCAAAAUUCCUGAUGCUGCCUGUUGAUCAGACCAGGCAAAUUUGGAGUGCGGUGGAGCCGGGGUGCUGCAGAACUGGGGUGCUGCUACAGCGCUGCCGGCAGGAGGGCCCCACCAGCAGCCGUGCGCUGGCGUUGCCGCUUUAAGAGCCCUCUCCGCGGGGCGAGUGUUCGAACCCGCUCCCCUGCCUCGCCAUUGGCCGGCGCGGGCGCGCGGGGGCCAGCCGGCGGUUGGAGCGGCCGGCGGGGCGCCCUGAUUGGCCGGGGCGGGGGCGGUAUAAAAGUUGGCCGGGCGCGUGGGCUCGCCUCAGUCGGCGGCGCGAAGGAGCAGCGCGCGGAGUGUCGUUGCGGGCGGAGGCGGCAGGCGCGGCGCGGCUUCCUCUCGGUCCCGGUCCCCACGGCCCGGCGCCCACCCCCGCCUCGUCCCCCAUGGAGUUCAAGCUGGAGGCGCACCGCAUCGUCAGCAUCUCGCUGGGCAAGAUCUACAGCGCCCGGGGCCAGCGCGGCGGCCUCAAACUGCACAAGAACCUCCUGGUGUCGCUGGUGCUGCGCAGCGCCCGGCAGGUCUACCUGAGCGAGCCGGGCUGCCCGCCCGAGCCUCCCCCCGCCGCCUGCGGGCCCCCCGAGGAGCAGCCGCCGCCCUGCACCACCACUUGGGCGGCCGGAGAGCCGCCGCCGCCGCCUCCGCAGGACGAGGCGGCCAGGGCCGGCCCGCGGCUGCCCGGUGCGGACUGCGAAGGCCCCCGGCCGCGGCGCUGUUGCUGCGGCUGCAGCUGCUGCUGCUGCGCGGCGGGCGGCGAAGCGACCCGCGGGGACUGCGCCACUGCCACCGCUGUGACCUCGCUGCCACAUUGCCCUCGGAAGCGGAGCGCCGGUGAGCGGGGCCAGGCGGGCUCCCCGGUGAAGAAGCCACGCCGCGAGGUGGAGGAGUCGCCGUCGCCGGGCGAGCAAGAGGACAUGGAGACGGGCAACGUGGCCAGCCUCAUCAGCAUCUUCGGCUCCAGCUUCUCGGGACUGCUCAGCAAGGAGCCCAAGGGCCGGCGGCGGGCGCCUCUUGAAGGCGGCGAGGCGACGACGACACCCGCCGAGGCGGCGGCCGAACCGGGACAGAUUUGCUGCGACGAGCCGGUGCUGCGGACCCUCAACCCCUGGAGCACGGCCAUCGUGGCCUUCUGAUGCGCGGCUCGCAGAGACUCGUCCCCGCUCCGCCGCGGGGAGGGGGGGGCCUGGCGGACAGACGGGCAGCCGGACCCAGAGGUGACACCCCCGCGCUCCUCCCACACCCCCGGCCCGCCGGAGGAGGGCGGGCAGCGCCGCGGGGCUCCGGCGGGUCCCGGUGCCGUGCCGCUGCCCCGCCGCACGGGAAGAGCACCGGCAGCACUUCCUUUCCCCGCCCGCCGCCGGCACCGCGGGCCCCGUCCGCCGGCACCCGCCCUGGGAGCGCCCCCGGCCCUGCCCUCCCGGAAUUCCCCUUCCCGGCAGGGCCGCCGCCCUCCCCGGCGCCCGGGGGGAGACUCCUCGGCUGGUGCCGGCAGCGGGGGCACUCCCACCGGAUAAUAUUUUAAGCUUGGAAAGUAUUAAGUUUAUUAAAUAAAGUCUCUAUUUUGGAAAGGUUUAGGUCAGAAAUAUUACCUGGUGCUUUUAAAAAGUGUUUAUUGAGAGAAACGAAGUUUACAGAUGCUCUGACGGAAAGUCCUUGAGCCUGUUCGUUAGGCUUGGUAACUCCCGGUCUUUGUUGUAUAAAGGCUUGGGGCUCCCGUAGGGAUUUUUGUACAGUGUUCUCCUUCAGUGAUGUAUCUUGUUUUGUAUAAAAUGUAAUUCUACGUGUACAACACGUAUUAAAUAUUUUCAACUGUAUAA